AUGGCGUUCUUCCUACUUGUGUUCAUUUCCUGGUUAACGCACAUCACACACGGGGACAUUAUUCUCCAGAAUAACGCCCAGUGUAAGGCCUGGGUGCAACACCUGGAGCGAGUCCAGGACAUGGAUGAGCUGGAGGUGUACUCACACAGCGGCAGAGAGUAUUAUGCUCCAAAUAUGGAUUGCAUCGUCACCAUCCUCGGCAAACAGUACAACCAAUGGGAGAUCACUUUAACCAAGAUUAAUAUUGACAAAGAUAAGGACAACUGCAAGACCUCUCGGCCGCCAUGUUGUAACGAUUUUCUGAAAAUAUUUAACAGCUACCGUGUGGACAACGCCCGAUUGUUCCCUUCCAUUCCUUGGCAAGGUUUAUGUGGCUCGGAACUGCCUCGCCAGGCCACCUACACAUCCACACAAAAUUACAUAACCAUCCAGUUUUCAGCCAAUCCUGUGAGUGACUACAUGACUGGGUUUGCAUUACAUUUACGACAGUAUCCACGGAGGAAUUCUGGAACAGAGCUCUCUCAGACUGGGUACAUUGGAGGCUGGAAUGAUGGCUAUUUGCGGGAGCUGCAGAUUGACUGGUCCGCACAGGAACUGAUACCUGGAGAUUACCAGCCCGGUCGAGAUCCCAACUUUGAAUAUGACCCCAAUGGAAUUUCCUGUUAUGAAUGUCAAGGUUGCAAGCGGGACUACUUCAGAACCUCUGACAUUGGUGUCACUAUCAGAGAAGGCUGUUUUGUUUGUACCAAAGAGUGGCUGCAAGGUUCUUCACUAACAGCAAGGACUUGCAUGUCCAGGAACUCUUAUCAAGAAAGACUGAGAACAUUAAGUGACACCUCAGGUGGCAACUCGGUGGCAGAUUUCAGAGCCUGCAAAACACUUCUGCGGGGAGUUCAAGGCACCACCUACAUCAACCUUUGUGUGUGCCAAACAAACAACUGUAACAAGGGAGGCAAAGUGAAAUUCAGCUGGCAUAUCUUUUUUGUAGCUGCUGCUGUUCUUGGCUUGCUUCUUACUGCAUGA